AUGGGUGCUUACGUUGAUCGUGAGAACUCUCCUCACUCAAAAUUGAAAUGGCUCGCCCCUUUGUCGGAACAAUUUAAAUUGGACAUUUUAAAGGUGAUUCUUUUGGUGGUCGUUGAACGUUUGGGUGUUGGUGUUAGUGAAAUGGCUUGUAUCGGGCCAAGUCAUUGGGAAUUCAACUCGGAUCCUAUUGGCUUGGCCCACGGACAGGUUGGUUUUGACAGGCUCACUGUAGUUCCCAACUUCUCGCUCACAGCAGACAGCCAAGAGUCUGGCAGUCCACCGCCAAGCCCGACUGACUCUGCAACAUCAGAAUCAGCGCCCACCUUAGUUCACAUAAAACAAGAAAACAUGCCUCCAGGAACUGAUGUCAAAGAAUACUACGGAACCCUAGAUUUUGGGCUCUCCGACACAUAUCUAGCCAAUAACUUCCCCGAGUAUGGACGGGGAUAUCUGCCUAGACCAUUAGAUCUACCGAACCAAAGGUUCUUAGAUCCAAAAAGUCCAAAAGAAAAAGAAGAUGGAACAAAAGAUGAUGAUCCAGGGGAACGAGACUUAAACUUGCCAAGUGAACUGAUAUUUAAAAGCGGAGGGAUUUUUGCAAGAGUGAAUAUCGCUAACGGUACCCAAUACGGUCCUUUCUUUGGACUACUGGAGAAUCAACCAAAGGACAGGCGGUAUGCUUGGGAGGAAACGGAAAUCAAUUGUUGGAUCCGAUUCCUGGAUUACGCGGGCGGGUAUCGCCGAAGCAUUCGUCGCAUCCCCCCGACGGGUAUUGGCCCGCCAGAUGGUUAG